CUUAAAGUACUUAGUGCUCGGCUUGCUCUUGUCAAUCAGCAUUUGUUAUACGAACGUUGCGGACGAUUAUUGCACGCCGAACGAAAUCGUCGACUGUUCGGUCGUCUGAAGCAGCAGAAAACUGCGGAAACUGAGAAAAUCUCUUUAAGUCGAGCGCUUCAUGAUGCAAAACAUGUGAGUUUUGGUUGGAAAUAUAUGUCGGGUGUUCACGCGAAUCCAUUGUCUCCUGCAUAA